GAAUGCCCCAUAUAUAACUGUAAAGAUACGUUUUUUAAUGUAGAUAUGUCCCGAGAAAGGGUCGCAUAAUUUACUCUGUGUUCCACAUGGUAAGGGCAGAGGGCUAACUCUGGUUUGCGAAACUCUCGCGGGAUCCUUAAAGGCCAUCAGUCGUAGGGAAAGUGAGCGUGAGUCUCGCAUUUUAUUUCGACAGUGCCAACCGGAAGUGUCCUGAUAAUAACAACUCUGGUUAGCAUGUUGCUAGCAGUCCUAAAUGUGACUUGUGGAAAUGAAGCAUUUGUCUGCAGUGCCUCGACAACGUGCACCUACAUGUCGUAUACAGUAUAAAAUAUGUAUAUUGUCGAUAAUGUUACAGAUACAAACGCGUCGUACUUGUAUCUGUAGCUAGCGUUAAUGUUAGCUCGUUACCUGAAGCUAUGAAGUUAGCUUACUAGCGUAAAGCUAACCUUUAUAGUCGUCUGAACACACCUGUGCAAGGUGUCAUUUACCAGGUAACAGAAUGGCUGAUGACCCUCAGAGAAAUUUCCGCUCCGCAUAUUAUGAGAAAGUGGGCUUCAGAGGAGUGGAGGAGAAGAAAUCUCUGGAAAUACUGCUCAAGGACAAUCCCCUCGAUCUAGAAAAGCUGAGCACCUUCAGUCAGAGGUUCCCCCUCCCCUCUAUGUACAGGAUUCAUGUGUGGAAGGUGUUGCUAGGCAUCUUACCCCCCCACAAUGACUCUCACUCUCUGGUGGGAGGCUACAGGAAGGAGCAGUACCAGGACAUCCUGGAGGCUCUGGAGGUGAUGAGAUACAUCAACCCUUCCACUCCCUCCACCCACGUCUACCUGCGCAUGUCCCAGCUGGAGACCCUGGUGCUCCCACGGUGCUCCGAGACCUCCGCCCCGGAUGAAGAGAAUGAGGACUUCCUCUCCAUUAGUCGAGCCAUGGAGGAGAUCGUAGACGAUCCUAUCGACUGUUACUGGCUCAUCAAGUGUUUCAUCCAUCAGUUCAACACGAAGUUUGGAGACUCUGUACCCCACCUUCCGAAGAGCCUGGAGCACUAUCUGAGUCAGGAGGAGCCUCGGCUGCUGACCCACCUGAAGACCAGCGGGACCCUCGCCCAGCUGCCCUACGGCCUCUGGUUCAGACGCUGCUUCGCCGGCUGCCUGCCCGAGUCCAGCCUGCAGAGGGUGUGGGACAAGGUGAUCAGCGGCUCGUGUAAGAUCCUGGUGUUCGUGGCCCUGGAGAUUCUGCUCAGCUAUAAGAUCAUGCUGAUGGGAAUCAGCCGGCCUGAAGGCGCGGUGAGGUUCCUGUGCAAUAUACCGCAGGAGAACACGGACGCCAUCGUAACUAAAGCCAUCGACUUGUGGCACAAAUACUGCUUACAAUCAUAAUAAUAUAUAUAUUCUUUCUUUUUGUUUUCUCACUCAUAACAAAGUAUAACAAUAAAUGAAUAAUUCUCAAAUAGUCUGUCAUGUUCAACAGGGGCAAGAAGAAGCUUAAAAAAACUCUUCUGGUCCUACCCCCUCUAGCAUACAUUUAGCUUAUACAUAAGUUAAUUUGUUUUUUUACAAAACAAUCGGAAAGAAAUUACUUUUACAAGAAAUAACAAAUGGGAUUGUACAGGUCCUGUUCAUAACCAUUCAUGAUUUGGCUCCCAAAUAAUACUUUCAGUUUAGAUAGACUUGUACAAUAUUUCAGUGCAUCAUUAGUUAUUCCACAGACUAACACCUUUUGAUGAGAUGCUAUGCAGUUUGCCAUUUGUUCGUACGGGUGGUUUUUUGAAAAUGCAUUUUCCUCUCAACAUGCUUUCUCUCCGUGUGAAAAGAUAAGGUGCUGUCCCAGGACAGAGCACAAACUCUUAACUCCACUGAGACUACGGAUUUGUCUCCGCAUGACUGGACAGAAAACUCAUCAUGGGCUGCUUUUAAUAAGCCCCAGGACUUGGGAGCCAAUCCAAUACAUCCCAGCUCUCCCCAAAGAAUGAUCGACUGGACACUGAAAACAGCUGCUAUACAGAGGAUGCACAAAAUCUGUUUAGAAAAAAGGCAAGGAUUCAUAAACUUAUUUUCUUUAAUAAGUUUCUUUCUUUAAGAAACAGCUUACAUCAUAGAAGACAAUAAAUUAAUACCCACAUGCAGUUGUUCUGCUUUACAAAAAAACAUUUGAAAAGUCUUGUUUACUUUCUUUGCUAUUUACAAGUCUUAGAAUUCUGAGAACAGUUUUAAACGUACAAGAGACCGUAAUAUGACCGAUGCUCGUACUGACACACUCACUCACAGAUCAAGUCCUCCCGAUAAUAAUUAUCUAAUGUGGACCUAAACCAUAAAAAGUAAGCUGGCAGGUUUUCAUUUUCUGUGCCACCAAAGAUUUGACUGACAAUACAAAAAGAAAGUCUGUUUUUUUGAAGUUCUGCAACUUUUUACUGUGUCGACGGUCUGUAUCAACGAAACAAGUUAAUUUGGCAACGUUCAAAUCCCUGUAAACAAUACGGUAGGCACAGUGAGUUACUGAACUCUCAACAGCAGUCAUUCUGGGAUGCAUUCAAGAUCGCAACUUCAACAGAAAGUCAAGUUGCUUUGGCUUGAAGUGGGGAUCAAAAGUGUGAACACGUUUUGAGCUCUUGAAUGCAGACCAUUAACACAAAAAACGAUCAGGCUGUGAAGUUAUUGCUCAGUUAAUGUGUUUUAAGGUAUUACAUUUUUUUCUCUUACUGUCUUGAAAAGAGAAUUAUGUUAUAUUUUAUGUCAUUUUGGCUUAAGAUGCUGCUGCCUACAGAUAUGAAUUCCUCUGGCAAAAUGUGAAACGAUCACUAACAUGUUAAUUGUUAGACGCUUUUAUCCAAAGCGACUUACAUACUCUAACAGUGGGCAAUCCCCACAGGAGCAAUUUGGAGUGAAGUGUCUUGCAGAGACACAACGACAUGCUGACUGCAGUGGGACUCGAACUUGUUACCCCCUGAUUCGAAGUCCAGCACUCUAACCACUGAGCCACAGCCGCCCCAUUGAGAUGUCUUCUGUGGAAUAAUACCGUGCCAACACAAACCCAAAGGAUAUAAAGUCCAUUUAAGGAGUGACAUUAUGGUGAAAGGCAAGAAAACAAUCCAUGUGUAAAAAAUAAAAAUAAAGUCCUUUCUUCAA